AUUCUGAAAGGAAAUUGCACCUCUUACACAGUUCAUUUGGAUGGGUGUGAUGACACGGAAAAGAGCACAUUUUAUUAGUCUCCCCAAAGAGAUGCUUCCGUGGUCCAACUAUCUCAGACAGAGCCUAUAUAAUAGGUUGCUGGUGAUUCUAUUGAUGACAAUCUACCAAGACUUAACAGGUGAGACAGGAGGUGUCCAGGCCUGGACAUAUAACUACAGCGUCAACCAGAAUCUGGACUGGGAUUCGGCCCGCCAGUGGUGCAGGCAGGACUACACGGACAUGGUGGCCAUCCAGAACCAGGAGGAGAUCGUCUAUCUCAACACCAUGCUCCCUAAGAACUCACAAUACUACUGGAUCGGCCUCCGCAAGGUGAAUGAGAUGUGGACCUGGACGGGGACUAACAAGACACUGACCAAAGAGGCGGAGAACUGGGCCGUCGGGGAGCCCAACAACAUAGGGGACGGACAGGACUGUGUGGAGAUCUACAUCAAAAGAGGAAAGGACGAAGCCAAGUGGAACGAUGAGAGAUGCACAAAAAAGAAGGGAGCCCUCUGCUACACAGCUUCUUGCUCAGAGCAUUGCUGCAGCGCCCAUGCAGAGUGUUUAGAGAACAUAGGGAACUACACCUGCCAGUGUGACCCUGGCUUCAAGGGCCCCCGGUGCCAGGAAGCCGUAGAGUGUGACACUGUGUCGGACCCAGAGCAGGGUUCAGUGAACUGUGAUCAUCCUCAUGGGCUGUUUGCCUUCAACUCCUCUUGCCAGUUCCACUGUGCCCGGGGAUACCAGCUGCAGGGGGCAUCACAACUGUUCUGCCAGGCCACAGGGUUCUGGGACCACCCUGCCGCUCAGUGCCAAGUCAAACAGUGUCCAGCGCUGGACAGUGGUCCUCAUAGAGGGACUAUGAACUGCAGUAACCCCAUCGCCCUGCACAGUUAUAACUCCACAUGUGAAUUCAACUGUGAUUUGGGGUUUGACCUAAUAGGACCAGACAGGAUUCAGUGUGACCACACAGGACAGUGGACAGGCAACGUCUCCACCUGCACAGUGGUGAGGUGUGGCCCCCUGUCCCCUCCUGCCAUGGGGAACAUGUCCUGUGUGGACCCCCUGGGGGCUUCCUCCUUCACCUCCUCCUGUGGGUUCUCCUGUGAGGAGGGCUACCUGCUGAGAGGAGACACCAACCUCACCUGUUUAUCUACUGGACAAUGGACCAACCACACACCUGCAUGUGAACCUCUGCAGUGCGACAUCUUAACCUCUCCCCCGCAUGGCUCCCUGAACUGCUCUGGCCUCCAUGGUCAGUUCCACUACGGGUCCCAGUGUCUGUUCUCCUGUGAGGAGGGAUUCCUGCUGAACGGGUUGGCUGAUACAGAGUGCACCUCCCUGGGCACAUGGAGCAGGAGAGCCCCCCUCUGUCUCGCUCAGCAGUGCGACACCUUAACCUCUCCCCCGCACGGCUCCAUAAACUGCUCUGACCUCCAUGGUCAGUUCCACUACGGGUCCCAGUGUCUUUUCUCCUGUGAGGAGGGCUUCCUGCUGAACGGGUUGGCUGAUACAGAGUGCACCUCCCUGGGCACAUGGAGCAGGAGAGCCCCCCUCUGUCUCGUGGUGAGGUGUGGCCCCCUGUCCCCUCCUGCCAUGGGGAACAUGUCCUGUGUGGAUCCCCUAGGGGCUUCCUCCUUCACCUCCUCCUGUGGGUUCUCCUGUGAGGAGGGCUACCUGCUGAGAGGAGACACCAACCUCACCUGUUUAUCUACUGGACAAUGGACCAACCACACACCUGCAUGUGAACCUCUGCAGUGCGACAUCUUAACCUCUCCCCCGCAUGGCUCCAUGAACUGCUCUGGCCUCCAUGGUCAGUUCCACUACGGGUCCCAGUGUCUGUUCUCCUGUGAGGAGGGGUUCCUGCUGAACGGGUUGGCUGAUACAGAGUGCACCUCCCUGGGCACAUGGAGCAGGAGAGCCCCCCUCUGUCUCGCUCAGCAGUGCGACAUCUUAACCUCUCCCCCGCACGGCUCCAUAAACUGCUCUGACCUCCAUGGUCAGUUCCACUACGGGUCCCAGUGUCUGUUCUCCUGUGAGGAGGGGUUCCUGCUGAACGGGUUGGCUGAGACAGAGUGCACCUCCCUGGGCACAUGGAGCAGGAGAGCCCCUCUCUGUCUGGUGGUGAGGUGUGGCCCCCUGUCCCCUCCUGCCAUGGGGAACAUGUCCUGUGUGGACCCCCUGGGGGCUUCCUCCUUCACCUCCUCCUGUGGGUUCUCCUGUGAGGAGGGCUACCUGCUGAGAGGAGACACCAACCUCACCUGUUUAUCUACUGGACAAUGGACCAACCACACACCUGCAUGUGAACUGGUCCAGUGUGAGAACCUAUUGCCCAGACAGCCAUCUCCACCACCCACUCCAUCCUCAACCCCACCACCAACCCAGGGACCCUUCAUGAACUGCUCACACUCCCUAGGGGAGUUUAGCUUCAGCUCUCUGUGCCUCUUCAGCUGCAGCAAAGGUUACUAUCUGAACGGAACAGAAGAGCUGUCCUGCACCUCAGAGGGACAAUGGAGUGACCUUGUGCCCUCUUGCCAAAGAAACAUCAACUCUGUCCAAGAGUCCUCUAGGAUGCUGGUCUAUGCAGUGGUGGGAGCUGCCUCUGCUGCUGGGCUGUUACUACUGCUGGGACUGGGCAUGCUGGCCGCAAAGAAGCUCCGCAAGAAAGGGGACUUCCACUUUGACAACUCGUUAUGGGAGGAAAGAGAGAACCCUGCUUUUGAAAAUUCUUAAAAAAGAAAUGUGCUUCAUGACAUUGUACUGUAAAACAAGGUUUUGUAUAACGAGUUAAUUGCUUUCAAUGUAUUUAAAGCCAUCACUGUUCCUUUUAUACAUUUUGUUUCUAUACCUAUUUUUGUGUAUGGGCUUUUGGUUAUA